GGGCUGCGGACUCAGUGUUGGAAUGAGGAGUAAUUGAGCCUGAGCCGAGCCCGAGGUAGCUGUCUCCUCCCGGUGUCAUUGCUGCAGCCUCCAGUGCCGGGUCCCCAGUUCCUCAGCCGCCUCUCUUCAAAAUCGUCUGCAAAGACAGCGAAGCCGCCGCAGAAGUUGCCGGGCACAAGACUCCGGAGGCAUUGGCUCAGUAACUUUUCACGUCAUUUUCUGCUCCGAAGCCCCUUCUCGCGUCUCCGCGCCGCCUUUCCCACCGCAAAUCACAGGGCUCAUGGGGCAGGGGAAGAGCGGCUUGCGGCACUGAGCGGAACCGGACUCGAGCCCGUGAUGUCCGGUACCAAACUGGAGGACUCCCCCCCUUGUCGCAACUGGUCAUCUGCUUCGGAGCUGAAUGAAACUCAAGAGCCUUUUUUAAACCCCACCGACUAUGACGACGAGGAAUUCCUGCGGUACCUGUGGAGGGAAUACCUACACCCGAAAGAAUAUGAGUGGGUCCUGAUCGCCGGCUACAUCAUCGUGUUCGUGGUGGCUCUCAUUGGGAACGUCCUGGUUUGUGUGGCAGUGUGGAAAAACCACCACAUGAGGACAGUAACCAACUACUUCAUAGUCAACCUUUCUCUGGCUGAUGUGCUCGUGACCAUUACCUGCCUCCCAGCCACAUUGGUGGUGGAUAUCACCGAGACCUGGUUCUUUGGACAGUCCCUCUGUAAAGUUAUUCCUUAUUUACAGACCGUGUCAGUGUCUGUGUCUGUUCUCACACUGAGCUGCAUUGCCUUGGAUCGAUGGUAUGCAAUCUGUCACCCUUUGAUGUUUAAGAGCACAGCCAAGAGGGCCAGGAAUAGCAUUGUCAUCAUCUGGAUUGUCUCCUGCAUUAUAAUGAUUCCUCAGGCCAUAGUCAUGGAAUGCAGCACCAUGCUCCCUGGCUUAGCCAAUAAAACCACUCUCUUUACUGUGUGUGAUGAGCGCUGGGGAGGUGAAAUUUACCCCAAGAUGUAUCACAUCUGUUUCUUCCUGGUCACAUAUAUGGCACCACUGUGCCUUAUGGUGUUGGCCUAUCUGCAAAUAUUUCGUAAACUCUGGUGUCGACAGAUCCCUGGAACAUCAUCUGUAGUUCAGAGAAAAUGGAAGCCCCUGCAGCCUACUUCACAGCCUCGAGGGUCGGGACAGCAGACCAAGUCCAGGAUUAGUGCUGUGGCCGCUGAAAUAAAGCAGAUCCGAGCCAGACGGAAAACAGCCCGGAUGCUAAUGGUUGUGCUUUUGGUGUUUGCAAUUUGCUAUCUACCGAUUAGCAUCCUUAACGUGCUAAAGAGAGUAUUUGGGAUGUUUACCCACACAGAAGACAGAGAGACUGUAUAUGCCUGGUUUACAUUUUCACACUGGCUUGUAUAUGCCAAUAGUGCUGCGAACCCAAUUAUUUACAAUUUUCUCAGUGGAAAGUUUCGAGAGGAAUUUAAAGCUGCAUUUUCUUGCUGUUGCCUUGGAGUUCACCAUCGCCAGGAGGACCGGCUCACCCGGGGCCGGACCAGCACAGAGAGCCGGAAGUCUUUGACCACCCAGAUCAGCAACUUUGACAACAUAUCAAAACUCUCCGAGCAAGUUGUCCUCACCAGCAUAAGCACACUCCCAACAGCCAAUGGAGCGGGGCCACUUCAAAACUGAUCUGCUGAAUCAGAAACUUUGGAGGUGGCAGCCAGAAAUCUGCGUGUUAACAAGCCCUACAGGUGAUUCUGAAACACCUUAACAUUUGAGAACCACUGCUCCAAUUCCCACCCGACACCUGCUAAAUAGCCCACGUGAAGUAUUUUACUGCGCAGCUGUCUACAACGGGCACGAUCGUCAUCACUACUGUCAGCCUGGCCAAAGGUCUGAAAGAAGAGGUUGAGUAUCAAUGAUGAAUGUCACUCACUGUCAUCCUACUCAAAUAGUGGUUUACAAAACAGUGGCCCCUGUGUUAUAAGCGCAGGGUCAAAGAAGGCUGGUUUUAAAGCACUUGUGUACUUUAUGGAUACCUGGAUGACUUGAGUUCCUAACUAAAACUUUUUAAAUCUCCACCGUCACUUACACUUACUAAAGGCUAAGUUUUGUGGAAGCAGACUAUUUCUAAGAAUGAUCAUUGCCUGGAAGGAAAACAAGCAAAAAACCACCAGUACCUACCAGAAACCGUGGUAAUGGAGUAGCUGACUGUGCAGGUUGCUUCCAAUGUGUUGAUACAGGAAUCCUUCUAAGAGGUCUGGAUUUAGAGUGGUUACCUUACUAGGACAAAUGGUAAAGAAAGAGGUGUUCCCCAAACCUGCCGAUCUUAUGGAACAAAGGGUCAACUACUCACCUCAUUAUGUGCUAAAUAACACAAAUGAGAGACUUCUUAUGAAAAGAAUGUGUUGCAACUGUUUUAUGCUAUACAUAGACUAUCGCUCUUUUUUGCUGUGUUUCAAGAUUUCAUGUAAAAUGUCAUUAGUGUUACUGAAAUUUUGUUAUCAACAAGGAUGUGAUGAUUUUAUCUAGCACAGAAUGCAUUUGAACUUCAUUAUUUCUGAAUUUCUACAAACCCAUGAUAUUUGAUAUUUGAAUUCGUUCAUUCUUGGGAAGGGACAGCUCCCAGUUUCUGAGGAAAAUGAUGUAUGUUCUCCAAGUCUUAGAGUGUUUCUUGGAUAUGAAAUGUUACAAACUAUUGAUGAGUAAAUUGCAAAAGUGUUAGGCAUAAUGAUAUUGAAUUUCACUCCCAGUGUACAUUAUUUUAGCAAAGAUACAGCUAAAUAUGCUUAUAAAAUGUAGCCUGAAUAUACAUAAGCCUGAAAUAUCAGAAUGACAAACACCCAAACAUGCUUGUGGACACAGAUUGUGAGGAGGGCUAUCAUUGUUUUAAUACCAGUGUAAUAAUAAUAGAAUCUUUCACACUUGAUAUAAAUCACAAUCAUAAUCAACUGCAUUUCAAAACAAAUCUGGUUAGUCAUUGCAAUUUAGAAAGUUUUUCAAUUCCAGUUAAUUUUACAACAACUUUUCUACUUUCUACAAGUUGCAAGUCAAAAAAAGGAAAUUCCAUUAGUUAUGUACAAUUAGUUUUCAAAUGGCAUGAAGCAAAAUAAUUGACUUUUUAGAGAUAAUAUGUAAACAAAAAAUACUGUUAAAGCCUAUUCUACUACUUUAUGUACCUCAGAAAAUGAAGUGCAAAGGCAUGGAAAACACUGUUAUCUUCCCAAAUUCAAAGAGGAUUGUUUUCUAGAAUACUGCUGCAAUUAAAGUGGGAGCAAAAAAACUCCCUCCCAUUUGCCACGUAUUUCUAUUCUCUUAAAUUUUCUUUCUCAGCUUUGGGGUUAGAAUGUCUUUAAAGUUUUUCAUGAAAUGUAUUUCUAUAACUGUUGUAUCCCAUGUGUGUGAAAUCAUGUCACUUGUUUAACAAUUAUCUUAUACAUUUAAAGUUCUUUAUGUCUGA